GAGUGGGCUGGGAUCUUAACGACGUUGUUUGAAAGAGCACGUUAUCCUGCGCUGCGCGGCACACCCGUCGCUUUGGCAGUGAGAGCGUUUCUCAAAAUGCGCGCACCGCUUGGAGGAAGAGGACCGAGGGCGGCAGCAUCAGCAUCAGCACCGGGGAUGGCUUGGGCUCUAAACAGCACUUUGUGCUUUCGGAGACGGAGCCCUUAAGAAUUAGAACAAUGAAGAGAGCUGCUAAUAGGUUUGAUAAGAAGAUUAUCCGUUAACAAUUGUCUUUGAUAUCACGGUUUAGACUGAUCUUUGAGAAAGUUGAUUCUGCCACUUUCAGUAUUUCGUGACGCAAUUGUUACCGGACUGUUUGGGGCAUCAGACGGCUGCGUCUCCGGGGCACAUUUACGACUGUUUCAGCUUCUACAUUCGGAUCUGAUGAAACUCAGCUGUGUACAUUUCGUCUCCCUGUUGCGCCCCUAACCAAACCCCCUAUCCAUCAGAUGUCUUUGGAGAAUACGCGCGGUAAAAGCUUAUCGUUUAGCCAAAUGGGAAUAGAAGAGAACAGCAUGCGGAACGGGAGAGGCCUCUCGGACCAGUGGGCCGACAGCGUCGUGGUCCGGCCCAGGACCACCGAACGGCACAUCACAGUGCAUAAACGGCUGGUGCUCGGCUUUGCAAUCUCCAUCCUCACGCUCAUCAUUGUAACGGCAGUGGCCGUUCUGUUGAGCGUCCGGUUUGAAGAGUGCACCGGAGAGAGCAGCUCGCGUGCAGGCAACGGCUCCAAUGCCAAGUUUAACCAGUCCCGGGAUGGGAAUCCCUCUCACAAAGACGAGGAAGCCCAACCAUGGCGACAUUUACGGUUGCCGACUGCUUUGCGACCCCGCCACUACGACCUGAGGCUGUCAGUGUACAUGGACAACUUUACGUUUUCCGGUGAGGUAAACAUCGAAUUUGAGUGUGUGAAUUCCACCAAGUUCAUCGUGUUACAUACGGACAGACUCGAAAUAGAGCGCGUGACUGUGUACUCGGAUAAUAAAAAACCGGGCGUCAUGAGGAUUCACCGUCAAUUUCAUUACCCGUCUAACCAACUUUACGUUGUAGCACUGCACCGGGAACUGAAGCCAAUGAGAACAUACAAAGUCAACAUUACGUUCGAGGCACAGAUUGAAAAUGAGCUCCUGGGAUUCUUCAGGAGUUCCUACGUGCUGCACGGGGAGAAAAGGUACAUGGCGGUCACCCAGUUCUCCCCCACCCACGCCAGGAAGGCGUUCCCGUGCUUCGAUGAGCCCAUCUACAAGGCCACCUUCCGGGUCAGCCUGCGCCACGACCCUGCCUACCUGUCACUCUCCAACAUGCCCGUGGAGGCCUCCGUCACCGACGACGACAGCUGGGUGACCAACGCGUUCUCCCGGACGCCCAGGAUGUCCACCUACUACCUGGCCUGGGCCGUGUGCAACUUCACCUACAAGGAGGCGCUGACGGACAGCGGGGUGCUGAUCCGCCUGUACGCGCGGCCGGAUGCCAUUGCUAGUGGAGCAGGGGACUAUGCACUCCACAUCACCAAGAGGAUGCUGCAGUUCUACGAGGACUACUUCAAAGUCAAAUACUCCCUGCCCAAAUUAG